AUGGUUCGAAUUUCGGAAAAUCUGAUCCGGAAAAGAUCAGAACACAACAACUGUGAAAUCUCGACUCUGGAAGAAGUUUCACUUCACCAACAAGAUAUUGAACGGAUCGAAUAUUUGGAUAAAUGGUGUCGAGAUCUGAAAAUUUUAUACCUUCAGAGUAACUUGAUCCCAAAAAUCGAAAACGUGAACAGACUCAAGAAAUUGGAAUAUCUAAAUUUAGCUUUGAACAAUGUAGAAAGAGUGGAAAAUCUGGAAGGUUGUGAAUGUUUGAAUAAGUUGGAUUUGACUGUGAAUUUUGUUGGAGAGCUCACAAGCAUAGAGAGCUUAAAGGAUUUAUAUCAUCUAAGGGAACUUUUUUUAACAGGAAACCCUUGUACGGAAUACGAAGGAUAUAGGCAAUAUGUUCUUGGAACUUUACCGCAACUUCAAUAUUUGGACGGCACGGAAAUUGGAAAAGCUGAAAGAAUCAAGGCUUUGCAAAAUUAUGCCAUCACGAGAGCUCAGAUUAUACAGCAGCAAGGAGAAUACAAAAAGAAAAGAGAGAAACAGAAGAAAGAAGCCGCAGAAAAGGAAGAAAAGGAAAAGAUGAAAGAUGAAUUAAAGAAAGACAAGAAAGCAGGUUUUGAUGGAAGAUGGUACACAGACAUGAACAAAGAAGCCCAAGAAGAGAAAAAAAUUGAAGAAAAGGCAGAAGAAGAAGAAGAUAAGGAAUUUUGGAAUGAAAAAGUUGAUUUUACACCAGAAUCUAGAAUGGCUGUCCAUAAACAAAUGCAGAAAGAGAAAGAUAAAAAUAAACCAAAAGAAGCAACAGUUCAGAAAGCUCCACGUAGACUCUUCAAUGAUGAAGGGCGACCAUUGAACGUGAACGAAGCGAAAAUUGAUUUCACGCUGACGGAGGACGACACAAACAAUAUUAUAUUAGACUUGGCCAUUUUUAAACACAUGGACACAUCUUUGUUAGACUGUGACGUACAACCGACCUAUGUUCGUGUUACAGUCAAAGACAAAGUGUUUCAACUCUGUCUCCCAGAGGAAGUCAAAUCUGACUCCAGUGUUGCAAAACGGUCUCAAACAACUGGGCAUUUAGUUAUCUACAUGCCAAAAUUAUGUACAGAUGGAUCGAUCAUAUCUACGUUACCGAAGGCAAAAGUUGAUCCAAGUUUCAAGAAAACGGUGCCUAGAAAAAUUGAUAAAUCCAACACAGAACGACUAGAAGUAGAGCCUAGUGCUCAUAAAGGGGUGGAUAUUUCCAAUAUUGUUAAAGAUAAAAAGGACAUAGUGCCUCCAUUAGGAAGUAAGAAAACAGUAAAGAAAACAGAGAGACCUAAUAGCGAAGAUUUUAUAGAUGAUCCUGAUGUUCCACCAUUAAUUUAAAUAAUUUUUUUUUAAAUUAAUUUCAUCCACCAUUCCAUUUCAUUUGAAUAAAAAUUUGAAAUAUU